GUUGUUCUCCCCGCGUGCUACCAGUGGCAGUGGUGCUAACAUUGUAAGUUACGUUUGGCCAACCGUCGUGUGCGAACAAUUUGCUUAAACCGGCUUUGUGUCGAGUUGUAUGAGUGUGCAUAACCGUUGGAUACCUUGCUUUAUAUGACUAGCUAUUAUUACACGUGUUCCGAGUCAAAGGAGUAAUUAGUAGACAGAGAUUUGAGGAAAAGUCUACCCAAUUUCUGAGGUGACAGUAUUCACAGCAUGCAGAUUUUUCCGUGAAAGGCAUGCCUUCUAAGAUUCCAGCUACACAGAUCUGUGCAGGCCCUCCUUCAACGCUCAACCCUAGUGAAGAAGCAAGUGUGGACAGUUGCGAAGGCCUGUCGCCUGCUGGCUCACCAGUCAAUAAUGACACGCAUUCAGUUCAACAACUGCCUGACUUCUCGCCAAAUGAGAGGAAACCCCGAAUUGUUUCCAUGGCUUCGAACCCCGACGAUGACAUCGUAACGCAUGGAAUCGAUUGCAAGUGCUGCCCGAGGUCCCCUGAACAUCUGAGAAAAAAUAGUAACACGAGCCCAACCAGUAAGGACUCUGGUGGUUUAUUGGAUAUCUGUAAAAGCGUUGACCAGGUUUAUGUAUCUGAUGUUAAGCAUGGUUCGAAUGGUAAGGAAAUAGAGACCUCUUCAGGUACAGCCGACACAGAGAGUGCUAGUAGUAGUGGAUGUAAUAGUCCCAAGCCAGGUAAAACAGAGAAGCAAACAGGAUCUAGAAGCCCAUUUCCAUCACCAAAGCGAAUCAUUAAAAGUAUUUCAAGAAAGGAGAGUUCAGGUAGGUCAGAUGGCAGGAAUGCUAUCAUGUCCGGAAGAGAAGAUACACAGUCUACAAAAGGAAUCAAGAAAUCACCAGGACCAAGAAAUGGUGAUUCAAGAAGUAGCGGGUCCGGUAUAAUAGACCACUUAAGUGAGAUGGUAACUUCUUUCAAAUUCCUUAAACACCCGAAAAGCCCCAAGAGCCCCAAGAGCCCCAAGAGCCCAAAGAGUCCGAAAAGCCCUAAGAAUUCCAAAGACAGUAAAACGGCUCCUGCUACACGCCAUAUGAAAUUCGUUUACGAUGACAACUCUGCUGGAAUUGCCAAAGAUAAGCAGCGAAAAUUGAAUGACUAUCACGAGAUGCCAUAUCACCAGGAGCAGCUACCAGAAUCAGUAAAUAGUAAUAUUAUCAACGUGAAGAAGCUAGAUGGGGACGAAGGUUGUCACAGUAAAUCUAGUAAGACUUGCAGCCCACUAGCUAGCAGAGAGCGGUCACGCUCCAAGAGCCCUGGAGUCAAGACGACGAUAACGAUAACCUUUGACAAAUGCAAAGGUAAGACCAGUCCAGACAACGGACUUGACUCCCCAAAGAGUGUCGAUGAGUCACUUACCAAAAAGCCAUAUAAGUGCACAGACCUCGAUGCUGUUGAGCAACAGCUAAAAAAUUGUGUAGACAGCUGCUCUUCAGAGAAAUCUGCCUCUCCUCCACCUCCAGAGAAAAGUUAUGAUCGUGAUAUGCCAGGCCCUGAAAAUACAGCACUGUCACAAGCACAUGAGAGCCAGUUGUCCGAGUACGUUUCUAAUAAUAAGAUUGAAUCUGAGCCUGAGCCGCAUCCUUUUAGCCGAUACCAGCUGAUUGCUGGUUCAAACACCAUCAAAACGAUUAGGCCAAGGCAGCUGCCUGUGCCACCGGAAACACUUGCAGCAGUGUCUAGUAACAGUAAGCUACCUAUUACUGCUCACCCGCAAGCAACUUUUUCGCACGCACAGAUAGGCAGUAAUGGAGACACCGAUCAUGAAACUAGCGCUGGAAAAGCCGGUCUGCCUUCGCUAGAUGAAGUGAAGCAGCUUAACUACACUGUUGUUGACGUUUCGAAGUUUGAGCCUAAGCAUCCGCCGAUUGCGGUUAAGCCCAGUAGUCUCAGUAGAUAUGGUAUUGCACACAGACCUGAUCGACAGUCACGCCGUGACAAGUAUGACCGUGCUUCAGAAGAUCAGAAACUUACACCCGUGGAGUGUGGGGUUACAUCUCGACCUACCCCAUCAGGUGGCCGGCCAAGUGGUGAUAGUUUUCAGUGGGGAGCAAACUCACGAUCGUCACUUCCACAACAGAAGAAGUCUGUAAAUUUUGAGGAUCUUGACGUUGCUAAUCAGUGGCAACAGGAAGCUAGAGAUAAUGAAAAUUCAUUUGUUCGUGGUGGGUAUGAAAGGUCGACAAUGCCUGAACCUCGAAAGCAGUCACAUCAGCAGCAACACCACCAGCAGCAUUGGCAACAACAACAACAACAACAACAACAACAACAACAACAAGAAAAUGAUCACCAGCAGCUGUACCACCUCCAGCAAAGCCAACACCAGCCAGUGUAUGAUCAACAGCAACUGAAUCAAUCAAACUGGAAACGAGUAGAUCCAGUCAAACUGGUACACCCUAGUGCACACAGGCGGCCAAUAUCUACACCGCGCGUGACAAUCGACUCGCGCGGAAAAGUGAUGUCACCAUUGACGAGCAUUAAUGAGGAAUCCCCAAGGCACCCAUUGAGUACAGCACAGGCAUCGAGCUAUCACAUCUAUGAUACUCCCUACUCAAGCGUCGAGUGGAGUAAUCAAAAUUAUGGCUGCAUGUCAAAAAGCUAUCCGCAACCCAGUAGAGACUACAUGAAUGCGGACGUUGUGAACUUGCACGAAAAUUAUAGAGAGAGACAAGUGCCACUUCGCAGCGUCAGCAUGCGACUAGACCAGCCGGAGUGCAUCUUCGACACUCAACGCGAUAUUCUGGUCAGGUCGCAGUCAUUCAGCCCACACAGCACUAGACCCGGCAUGGAGAACACAGACGAGAACAUGUCCUUGAGUCCAUCACGUGACAGAGCCAGCAUAAGAGCUUCCUCUGGUCCGCUUGCACUUGUAGAUCGGGGAGAAUCUCAACCAGGAGCAAGAAUGCGAAUCUCUCAUGGUGGCCACGUGAAAAUCGGUGGUGCGGAUACCGAGAAUCGUAAGGUAUGCUUGCCACGCAACCAGCCACAUUACAGCUAUGUGAGCAGACUGGGAGCAACCCCCUAUGCAGUCGGGGACGAGCCGACGUACGUUAAUCUUAGAACUGAGCGGUCUGGCUACCUGCCUCCAAGGACGCGGUCGGGUUUCCCUCCUCGCAGUGAAUCUCCGUUACAAGAUAGAAGCAAUCACUUUGGUACGGAUGCACACAGCAGAAUGGCCCGCCCUUCGGGCAACUUCCAGAGAAAUGACAGUGGGGAGGGCAGCACGCCCGAGCAGCGUGCAGAAUCAACGCCCUCUGGUGCCAGCGAGUGCAAUCCCGACAGUGGCAUUGACAGUCCAAGGUCAGGUUCCCAGCAGUCUUUCAGGUCGCAAUCUCAGCAAUCUAACCACAGCGACAAGAGGGACGGAUCAUGGAUACCUCUCACGUACAGUAGCCUGAAGGUUCAGACUAUUUCUAAUGAUGAAGGAAGCACAGGUCAGAGGGAAGACAGCCAAGCCGGGAGACCAUCAGCCCACCUGAACAAAUGUCCGAAAGCUGCGGUCUUCUCAUCACUGGAAAAUUUGGGUUGGAAUUUCUUUAGCUAUCGCUGUUGGCACAGAAAUUAACUACUCCAUUGACUUUAUGUACCAAAGAUGACAGAACAGACAAAGAUGCAAUGUUAAUUCACAAGCUGAAUUCACAAGUCGUAAUACACAAGGAAACUACUCAUUUGACACAUCCCUCAUCACUUGAGAAGUUGUUAUACUGCGACUCUCAUUAUUACAACGUGUAUUCUAUUUGAUUUUGUGUAUUGAGGGAUGUUUUUUUGUAAAGUCUAGUUGGAAUGUAAUUAUAUGCGAUUGAGAGUGAGAGUAGUAGUAAGAGACAGAUUUGAAGUGUUUGUGAAACUUUACUU